AUGUAUUUAGUCACCUUCAACUGCAAUAUAAGCCGAGGUUUCAGCAGUCCCAUGAGGAUUGGAAGCGUGACACUUGUAGACGCCACUAUCCUCUUCAUAACACUCAGGGUUAACCAACUCACAUAUACCUCCAGGAUACUCACCUGUGUAAAGACAUCCUUGUUUAUAACCCACUCCUCCACAUUGACAUCGUCUUUGGACCAGACAAUGAUUGCAGAAGGAGAAGCGUGA